AUUGCGCCACGCGACACUUUGAAAAAGUUAUCAAACCGUUAAAAUGUAUAACUACUAAAUCAAAAGAUUGUUAGGAUUUGGACAAAAGUCUAUUGAGAGAGAAAGGGAAAAGAAAAGAGCCGCCCACUCUUACUGGACCAAAGGGGAGGAACAGAAGGAAAUGAAUUUGAUGGGCUAUGGCGGGUUCUAGGGCUGUGAGCCCGCGGGCCCUCCAUGGAAAUGCCUGCCAGAAGAUCCAGCAGCUACUCUCUCCUCAACCAAACCCCAGAUGACAACUUAAGCGUUCCAUUAUUCGACUCUUCCUCCGGCGACAGUAAAAACAACAGGAGCAAGUUGGAGAGAGUCUCAAAUUGGGACUCUGUCGUCGAUCACAGGCAAGGGAACAGGAUCGGGAAUUUGUACUGCUCUUUUGGGUUCGGGAUGCAGCGGCAGUCAAGUGAGAGCAGUUUUGGUGAGAGCUCACUCUCCGGCGAGUUUUACGCUCCCACUAUGUUCACUGUAACACCUGAUGAUACAGACAAAUUCACACUUGGAGAGGUUAGAGGCAGGAUUUCGGACGCCGGGCCAGCGAGGAGCGGCGGGUCCUUUGGCAAGAGCUGGGCGCAGCAGACUGAAGAGAGUUAUCAGUUACAGUUGGCAUUGGCUCUUAGACUUUACUCGGAGGCCACAUGUGCUGAUGAUCCCAAUUUUCUGGAUCCCGAACCCCAUGAAUCCUCUUCAAGGUCAUCGGGUUCUGCAGAGACAGUUUCCCAUAGAUUCUGGGUAAAUGGCUGCCUACUGUACUUCGACAAAAUUCCUGAUGGCUUUUAUUUAAUUCAUGGAAUGGAUCCCUAUUUAUGGACCGUGUGCACUGAUCUACAGGAAAAUGGCCGAAUUCCUUCAAUAGAGACACUAAAAUCUAUAGAUCCUUCGACCGUUUCUUCACUUGAAGUAAUUUUGGUGGAUAGACAGCGUGAUCCUAUCUUAAAAGAAUUGCAGAACAAGGUACAUGACAUUUUUUGUCGCAGCAAAGUAACAACAGAUGUUGUAGACCAGCUUGCAAAGCUUGUAUUCGAUUGUAUGGGGGGUUCAGCUUCUGUAUGGGAAGGCGAUCUUUUUCCCGUAUGGAGGGAGUGCAUUAAUGAUCUAAGAGAUCGCAUAGGAUCUGUUGUUGUUCCAAUUGGCAGCUUAUCUACUGGACUUUGCAGGCAUCGUGCUGUACUAUUCAAAGUGCUAGCUGACACCAUUGGUUUACCGUGUCGAAUUGCAAAGGGUUGUAAAUAUUGUUCAAGAGAAGAUGCCUCUUCAUGCCUUGUUCGGUUUGGGCUUGACAGGGAGUAUAUGGUUGAUCUAAUUGGAAAGCCUGGUUACUUAUGUGAGCCCGAUUCCUUGCUGAACGGUCCAUCCUCCAUCUCAUUUUCUUCACCCUUGCGCUUUCCAAGACUCAAACCAGCUGAACCUACCAUUGAUUUCAGGUCACUGGCCAAACAAUAUUUCUCGGAUAGUCUGCCUAGUGAGAUUGUCUUCGAUAGUGGUGUUGCAGAUUUUGGAUUCUCCUUUCCAGAACAGUAUGAAAGGCAGUACAGGGACAGGGACCCUGGACCAAUUUCAAAUGAUAACAAUAAAAGUUCUCUUGUUCCUGCACAACCACAAGCUUAUCGUCCAAGUGAACAUGAUCGAGGCUCCGAAACAUUUAAAUCAGCUAACCCUCCACAGAAUGUUGUUGGGCCGCCACUGACAAGCAAGGAUUCAUUGCUCUUAAAGCAUAAUCGUCCUGGUCAUAGAGAUACACAGACCCGAUUAAUGAUUUCUAGCAAACCAUCUAGAGAGUUUUCCAUAGAUAUGGAGGAUCUGGACAUCCCAUGGACUGAUCUUGUUUUGAAAGGGAGAAUAGGAUCAGGUUCUUUUGGAACUGUACAUCAAGCUGAGUGGAAUGGCUCGGAGGUUGCUGUAAAAAUUUUGAUGGAACAAGACUUUGCAGGUGAACGCUUCCAGGAAUUCUUGAGGGAGGUUGCAAUAAUGAAAAGCUUACGGCAUCCAAACAUUGUUUUACUUAUGGGUGCAGUCACUAAGCCUCCCAAUUUAUCAAUUGUCACAGAAUACUUGUCCAGGGGUAGCUUGUACAGGCUGUUGCAUAAACCUGGUGCCACAGAAAUGUUGGAUGAGAGACGUAGGAUAAGUAUGGCUUAUGAUGUGGCUAAGGGGAUGAAUUAUCUUCAUAAACGUAAUCCUCCCAUUGUUCACAGAGAUCUGAAAUCUCCAAACCUUCUUGUUGACAAGAAAUAUACAGUGAAGGUUAGUGAUUUUGGGCUUUCCCGACUAAAGGCAAACACAUUUCUCUCAUCCAAGUCAGCUGCUGGGACACCUGAGUGGAUGGCUCCAGAAGUUCUUCGUGAUGAGCCAUCCAAUGAAAAGUCAGAUGUUUACAGCUUUGGUGUCAUCUUGUGGGAGCUUGCAACACUGCAACAGCCUUGGAGUAAUUUGAAUCCACCACAGGUUGUGGCAGCUGUUGGCUUUAAGGGAAAAAGGCUUGAAAUACCACGAGAUUUAAAUCCUCAAAUAGCAUCAAUAAUUGAGGCUUGCUGGGCCAACGAACCCUGGAAACGCCCUUCUUUUUCAAGUAUUAUGGAUUCUUUGAAAGGAUUGAUCAAACCCCCUGUACCUCAACCUGGUCGUCCAAACAUGUCGUUACUCAUUUGAAUGGUUGGAAUGAUAGUUAUUAUUCAUGCGCACAGGAUUUUUAGUUUUGAUGUCUAUCACGAAUACACUAUUUCAAUAGUCCCAGUUACAGAGGCACAGAUGUACUGUUCAAAUUCGGAUUCAGAAUAUCCAAUUUCGACACAAAGCCAUAGUCCAUCUUUAACGCAGCAAAUAUUAUUUGGUUAUGUACUCCUGUAAUUUUAUGAAGAAAAUGUAUAAUAAUGUUUUCAUCCAUAAAAUUUUGUUUUGUAAAAUUAUUCUCAUUGUAACUAUAUCAGUUAAUGAUAAGCGACUUUAACGGUCU